AGAAUUUCAGGGUCACAUUUGACAUUGAAGAUGUAUAGAGAAUACCAUGUAUCAAAAAAUGUGUUUGAUGAAGUGUUAUUACAAGUAUCAUUUGCAAUUGAUAAAGAAUUAUUAAAUAAUUCAAAACGAGAUUUAGAUACAAAAGUUCUUCUGUCUGGUGAUAAUAAAUUGUAA